AUGACAAGACACUACCAUCAUUUGGGACAACUCUCAAUAUGUUUGAUAUUAAGUUUGCGUAAAGCGUUCCAGAGUUAUAUUUUAGGCCGUUUGCGACCCAGACGUUGUGUGUUUCAGACACCAGGUUGCCUGGAUGUCAUCGGUUUCACUCAGGAUCACCUAAGUAAAGAGGCAUUACCGGGACAACCUCUCACUGAAAUAGGAUUAGCCGGGUAG